AUGGGUAUCCAGGCUGCUAUAUUUGGGAAUUGGACCGAACAGCCACCAAGUUUAUCAAUGUGUAUUGGAGCGUGGGAUUGUUUUCGAACGUUGCCUCUGCCGCGGAAUGCAAACUUAUGCCUUGUGUCCUACUUGAUGGCCAAUUACCUGUCCGAAGCCUACAUGAUUUUGCGUCGAUGUGAUUGGCUGGUGUCGGCGUUUAGCGGUUUAAUGGUGCGGUGCGAGACUUGGAGGCGACACUUGCAGCGGUUUGUGAUAUCUCAGGCGAAGAGACUUCCAUUUGUGCAAUCCAUUAUCCUGAAAAUGCGCUUCGUCGACAGGGCGCUUAUAAAGGGACUUGAUGACUCCGGGUCAAGUGGCUUGAUUGUCAGGAUUAAGUCCUGGGUGCGACUUGAGAGAUAUUGCCACACUGCUACUUACGAUUGUGAUCGCGAAUGUCAGUUUGCCUCUCAUCUCGACAUGAUUGCCAGGUACCUCGUUAAAUGUCAGCCUAAUUGCACUCGGUACUUUGUGAAAAAAUACGAGUGCCUCAGUGUAGGCAAUGAUAAUGUGACGCACAGUGACGUUACACUGAAAAUUAAUUGA